AUGACUUUACAACAGCGAGUCGAUCACUACGUCCGCCACCCGGGAGCACCAAUGCCAGCCGAGCAUGUAUGUGUUAACUGCAAGUCUGGCAUCCGCGAGCCAUUGAAGUUCUACUGCAGGGGAUGCAGCUGGCGCAGUCCUGCUUGGGGCUGUUGUAAUCUUUGCCUGAAAGACCUUGACUCCCUUGAAGACAGAGGCUUCUGCUUCCGAUGUGUACCAAAGCAAGGACAUGAGCUUUUGAACUUGCCACCUCCUGAGGAUUGGGAGCUGGCGAAGAAGGACGCGAUACCAAUGCCUAUCUGUCUCUUUUGUCGCAAGUUCUCAGAUGGUGGUACCGACUGCGGUGAGCACAGUGAUUUCGAUGAAGACGAUCGUCAAGACGUUACCUCGAUCGACUCAACAGACGCCAUCAUGGUUGGGAAAUAUCCGCAGCCAAGCACCCACAGUUUCGCCUGGGAGCCACGACCGGGCGUUGUCGGUGGUAUGGGGCUUCAUUCUCUUGAGGACGCAGGUGUCAAAAUGGACUGGUUCACAGAACAGCUGAGGAUUGAGCAAGAAUGGGCCAAAUUGUAUCCUUAUGCGCUCUCGCCAAUCGCAGAGUCCGGCAUCAUGUUCAUCAUGAUGGCAAGCGCGCCUAACGAUUCUCAAGACAAGAUGAAGACCCUGGUACUAGUCAACAAGUUCCUUAACGGCUUGGUCUCGGGCUCCCACACCCAGAAUAACAAGACAAUACUGCUCUUCCAUCCAUGGCCACAACCUGAGUUCAUGCCGAACAUUGACCCUCGUGGGUCUAUAAGACCAUCGCCGCUUGAGUGUCCCAAGGCGAACCUUCAGGAGAUCUUUUCGACCUUUUUCGACCAUGUCCUUUGGACAAGAGCCACUGAUGUUCAUUCAUUCAAGGGCCAGAUCCCUCGCGACACAUACGAUCGCAUGCGACGUGUAUAUCCCGCGAAAGCACUACUCUCACGUACCCUGGGAUGUCACCUUGCCGUCCCCGACGCCCCCUUGGACAUCAGUCCCGAACUCGUUGUGUAUGGGCCAGCCAACGUUGGAACUGAUAGGCUUCAGCCUGUAACCUGUCUCAAGGACAGCCAGAUGGGCAGCACACCAACCCCGUUCAUCAACCCAGCAUUGCUCGCUGAGGAGUACGAAAGCAGACACCCGUAUUGGUCUUCGCGCAGACAGAGAAAACCCUGGCAGCUACCAGAGAGCUACUCCCACCACUCUGUAGAGGACCCGGUGAUGUCGCAGAUGAUAAUGCUCGGCCACAUCAAGCAUUCCAUCGAUCCAAACAAACCAUGCUGGGCGGACGAGAUCUCCGAUGCCCGGAAAAACGACGUCGAGUGGCGAACGCAGCCCCAGCAUGCUCUUCUCCGCCAUCCUCUAUCCAUGGUGAUGCACACCAACGAGGGCCUUGGCCCACGGGGUACACUAUUGAAUGCGAUUAUUGGUCCUUCAGGAAUUCCGCGUGCACCAAACUUCGGUAACAGGCUACACCGUGCCCGAACAGAGGAGCCAGGGGAAGCGUUUCGCAAGGCGACAAUGGAAUCCGACACCACAAGUGAUCAAUUUCAAACACUUGAGCUCGAGGAUUCUGCGCAGGAAGGCGAUUCCGAUAUGGGGGAGGAUGAUUCUGAAGACGAGAGUGACUCUGAGAUGGAUGAAGAUUGA